AUGAACACACUCACGCCCCCACCCCCCAUCCCUCACCUUCCCUGGUGCUGCAUACGAAAGGCAGAGGAUAAUGGAGGACGAAGAUAUCGGGUGCAUAGGUACGAGACAAUACCUUCUUCCCCUUCAUCUCCCUCUCCCACUUCAUCGUCAUCAGUUGUUCCUCGAGCUAAUUUUAAUACAUUCAAGUUUCACUGCGGCUGUGAAGGGAAGAGCUCGUGGCCGGAACUUGUUGGAGACCCGGGCACCGUGGCCGUGAGGACAAUAAAGAGGCAGAACCGUUUAGUUAAGCCAAUAAUCGUAGAGGAGGGAAAGCAUGUCAUCGAAAACUUCCUCUGUUCCAGGGUCUGGGUUUGGGUGAACAAGAGAGGCAUAGUCACCAGAAUCCCGAGGAUCGGAUAG